UCUGCUAAUUGUACAUGUGGAUAUUUUCUUAGCUUAUGCUUCGGGACGAAGCAUCUUAUAAGGAGGGUAGAAUGUGACACCCCGAAAAUUUAAAUAAAAUAAAUAAAUUUAUUAGUCAGAUAGAAUGUUACGAAAGUCACAUUUUAAUAAUUAAGCGAAUGAGAUAAAAUUUUAACAUCGGUGACAUUUUUUUAAUAAGAUAAAAAUGUUUCAAUAAAAAAGUGACAUUUUUACAAUAAUUAUGUUGACCAGAAAAGACCUUGACUUAAAUAACGAAAGUUACAUUUUUUUUGUAACAAGUGAUACAUUAUACUUAUGAUAUAAAUAAAUAAAAAUGUCAUUUUAACAAUUGUAAUUCAAAACUAUCUGUUAAUAAUAGGUGUUCAAAAAUAAAAAUGAGUUGGCUUUUCAAAAAAAAUAUACUUUCGUACAUGCAUGCUCAUAGAUAAAUAUAUACAUAAUAAUAAAAGAAUUGAUAAUAUACAAAUGUAAAUGUAGUACGUACUACAUGUGACCUGCCUACGAUUGUGAUAUACUACUACACAAUAAUAUAGGUAUCAUGUAUCUUAUUUCAUACAAUGAAUCUGGAGAGUGCGAGUAUACAUAUUCAUUAUUCACAUAGGGCCUGAUACACAUACGAACAACCAACAAUGAUAGAUCACUAAUCGGAAGAGGCCAAAGAUAUACAAAUGAUAAAGGAAGCUAGCUACGUGUACAUGUGUGCACCAAGAGAAAACCAACAAUUUGCACACUCAUAUAUACAUACUCAUAUUUACAUAAUCAUUUAUAUAUACAUAUAUAUUACCCUGCAAAACUAUAAUCAGACAACUAUACUCUGCGACCUACUAUCUUCGCCCAGAGGAAUUCGCCAGAGAAGAGUCAGCCGUGCCCAGCACCCACGUAUCAUCGGAGAAGAGAAUACGAAGUCGCCAGAGUCGCUGCCGGCCAAGUUGGAGUAUUCCACGCCGGACUGGUUUCCCUGUUUCACGCCAGGAUCCCCACCGAGACUGGCGCUAAGGCUAAGCUGUAAAGUCCAAGGAAAGAGGAACCGCCGCCGGGAAAGACUACUGAGACGCACUGUUCUUCAUUACCGCCUCACUGGAGUGGAGGAUCCGCUGGAACGCUGCCGUCGCCGCCAGAAGGAAAAAGGUCGUUGGCCAUCUUCAGUCGCCGAUGAAGCUGCGUUACGCUGAUGACUCUUUCCUCAGCGUCAAUACAAUCGAAGAAGAGGAGCCGAUGAAGUGACUGCACUGCCGGGUCAUCUUCGCCGGCCUAACUUGCAGUUGACGUUGAGAGCAGAGCGUCCAGAGUAAACGAUGUUGCAGCAAGCACCGCACAUUCCCUGCUGUUUCGCCGCGACUGUUGCCGUUCGCCGGCAGCUGGGAGCCGAUUCACCGAAGAAGACGAAAGGUAACUUGGAGAAGAUCAAAGUAGAAGCCCGUUUAUGAAUAUCACGAUUCGAGGAAUUGAGGAUCAUGUUGAAGUUGAUUUCGAGAGCUUCCGCUAGAACACAUAGACUAAAUUGAUUGAAUAAUUUAUUUUAGUCUUAAUUUUAAAGAAUUGUAGUUGAACAAUUAAUUUUGGAAAAUCUUAAUUGGUUGGUGGUGGAUAGCCUGUGCACUCGGUUAUAUGAGAACCGAGUGUGGCGGUAACGCCCUGUUUCCCUUUGAAUUUUCCGCUGCAAGACUCUGAUGUUUUCGAAUAAACCAUUAUUCAAAUGUAUUUUUGGGUGGGAAAUUUGGGGGUGUUACAAAUUGGUAUCAGAGCCUUUUCUUUUCUAAAAUGGGAUUUUCAAACAUUUUUUUCAGAUCUUUUUUUUUAACUCUAUUAAGUGAUACCAACAAGUUGGUAUCAGAGCGUUACGGUUUUCGAAUGGGGAUUUUUGCAUAAAAGUUUUCCCGCAAUGACUUCAAUUUUCAAAAAGGAGUUAUUAAAGUUUUCUAAAAUUUUGAUUUUCAAAAAAAAAAAAAAAAGGUUUUCUAAGAUUUCCUAAAACUCCAAAUAGUGACAUCGGCCAACAAGUUGGUAUAAAGAUUUUGUUUUGUAAAACAUAUUAAAAAUUUACAAGGGGUUUUCUCAAAUGUUUAAAAAAAAAAAAAAGUUGAAACCCGCUUUUCUAAAUGUGUUUUGAAGAAGGAAAAAAAAACAUAGGAAUAAUAAUUGGACUAAGAAAUAAUAUAUAUUUAGGAUCGUGGUGAGAAUGUGGGAUUUUGAAUUUUUAUUUUGGUGGAAUCUGUGGUUGUUUGAAUUGUUUGAGUUAUACUUAUAUGAGAUAUAUCAUUAUUGACUCAUUUGAGAAUGAGUUUGGACUCUUAGAGGAACUUACCAAAUUAUGUGAGUAGUGAUUUAUCAGGUAAGGUAGUAUAAAUGUGAAUGUCAUUGACAUACUUUGUGUCUCAACAUUUCAAGUACGACAAUGAAGUCAACGAAGACCAAAGUAGAAAGCAAUAUCACCGCACCGACAAAUGCGGAGUUGGCUCAAAAUAUGGUUCAACUCAUCCAGACUAUCGGGAGUGUGUUAGUUCAGAACCAACACCAACAACGUCUCAAAAACCGCAAUGAUGUAGCAAAACUUGUUGCGAAGCGCAAUCCCCCGUGUUAUUUAGGCCAAGAAGAUCCUCUCAUCCUUGAGGAUUGGAUUCGCACUUUCGACAAACUCUUCGAUGCUAUAAACUGCCCUGCAGAUCAACGAAUUAAUACGGCUGCGUACUAUCUACGUCAAGAAGCAGACAAUUGGUGGGCCACGACUGCCCCAACGUUGCGUCAACAACCUGACUUUUCUUGGGAGACGUUCAAGGAGGCAAUGCGAAAAAGAUUCUACCCAGAGCACGUGAGAGCUGAGAAGUAUGAAGAAUUUUUACAUCUGAAGCAAGUAGGCAUGACUGUCCAAGAGUACCACUCUAAAUUCUUGAAUCUCGCACUAUUUGCUCCCACGCUAGUUCUCGAUGAAAUCGAGAAAACAAAUAAGUUUAUACGCGGUCUGAACUUUGAGACACAAAAAGCUCUUUGCAUUUCAGAAUGCCAAACGUUGAACGAUGCCUACAACAAAGCUGGCAAGCACUAUCAAGUGCAACAACUCCAGAAGAAAACACUCAAGAGAGAAAGGAAGGGCACCGAAGAAGAAAAUAGACAGGGAGGCAAACGGCAAAGGCUAGAUAAUGCAGGGGAGACCCGAAACAGGAACAAGAUCAACAACCAAGGCCAAGACCAGAAGCGUAAGAAGAAGAACUCAACUGAAGAGAUGCACUUCUACUGCUCGAAGUGUGGAAAAGAUCACCCUGGGAAAUACUGUGACGGAACACUCGUACGAUGUUUUCAUUGUGACAAGCUGGGACAUAGGGUGUUCGAGUGUCAUUCAAGGAAGAAGGGAAUCCCUCCAACUCGUGGACUCAAUCAUCAUGAAAAGAAUGUAAAACACAGUGGAAGAAUCCGAAAAUAGUAGGCAAAAAUCAUAUAAAAUUUCUUAUUUUCAAAAUCAGUAACUCGGUUUGAAGACUAAGUAUUGUUCUGAUCUUAAAUGAAUAAUCUACAUUCUUAAGUAAAUUAAGUGCUUUCGGGGACGAAGCACUCUUUUAAGAAGGGUAGAAUGUGACACUCCUUAAAAAAAAAAAAAAAAAAAAAACCAUUUAAUAUUAACUAAGAUGUAAUAUCUGCUAAUUGUACAUGUGGAUAUUUUCUUAGCUUAUGCUUCGGGACGAAGCAUCUUAUAAGGAGGGUAGAAUGUGACACCCCGAAAAUUUAAAUAAAAUAAAUAAAUUUAUUAGUCAGAUAGAAUGUUACGAAAGUCACAUUUUAAUAAUUAAGCGAAUGAGAUAAAAUUUUAACAUCGGUGACAUUUUUUUAAUAAGAUAAAAAUGUUUCAAUAAAAAAGUGACAUUUUUACAAUAAUUAUGUUGACCAGAAAAGACCUUGACUUAAAUAACGAAAGUUACAUUUUUUUUGUAACAAGUGAUACAUUAUACUUAUGAUAUAAAUAAAUAAAAAUGUCAUUUUAACAAUUGUAAUUCAAAACUAUCUGUUAAUAAUAGGUGUUCAAAAAUAAAAAUGAGUUGGCUUUUCAAAAAAAAUAUACUUUCGUACAUGCAUGCUCAUAGAUAAAUAUAUACAUAAUAAUAAAAGAAUUGAUAAUAUACAAAUGUAAAUGUAGUACGUACUACAUGUGACCUGCCUACGAUUGUGAUAUACUACUACACAAUAAUAUAGGUAUCAUGUAUCUUAUUUCAUACAAUGAAUCUGGAGAGUGCGAGUAUACAUAUUCAUUAUUCACAUAGGGCCUGAUACACAUACGAACAACCAACAAUGAUAGAUCACUAAUCGGAAGAGGCCAAAGAUAUACAAAUGAUAAAGGAAGCUAGCUACGUGUACAUGUGUGCACCAAGAGAAAACCAACAAUUUGCACACUCAUAUAUACAUACUCAUAUUUACAUAAUCAUUUAUAUAUACAUAUAUAUUACCCUGCAAAACUAUAAUCAGACAACUAUACUCUGCGACCUACUAUCUUCGCCCAGAGGAAUUCGCCAGAGAAGAGUCAGCCGUGCCCAGCACCCACGUAUCAUCGGAGAAGAGAAUACGAAGUCGCCAGAGUCGCUGCCGGCCAAGUUGGAGUAUUCCACGCCGGACUGGUUUCCCUGUUUCACGCCAGGAUCCCCACCGAGACUGGCGCUAAGGCUAAGCUGUAAAGUCCAAGGAAAGAGGAACCGCCGCCGGGAAAGACUACUGAGACGCACUGUUCUUCAUUACCGCCUCACUGGAGUGGAGGAUCCGCUGGAACGCUGCCGUCGCCGCCAGAAGGAAAAAGGUCGUUGGCCAUCUUCAGUCGCCGAUGAAGCUGCGUUACGCUGAUGACUCUUUCCUCAGCGUCAAUACAAUCGAAGAAGAGGAGCCGAUGAAGUGACUGCACUGCCGGGUCAUCUUCGCCGGCCUAACUUGCAGUUGACGUUGAGAGCAGAGCGUCCAGAGUAAACGAUGUUGCAGCAAGCACCGCACAUUCCCUGCUGUUUCGCCGCGACUGUUGCCGUUCGCCGGCAGCUGGGAGCCGAUUCACCGAAGAAGACGAAAGGUAACUUGGAGAAGAUCAAAGUAGAAGCCCGUUUAUGAAUAUCACGAUUCGAGGUAAGUACUAUGUCAACCAAGUUUCAUGCUUUUCCCAUAUAAAUUUAUUUGUGACUAGUUAUUUGAGAUCAUUUGAGUAUAUGAUAGUUAAUGAGAUUUUACGUAUCAAUUGUGAUUGUGAAUUAUAUAUAUUCGAGAUUUGAGUAUUUUUAUAUUGAGUGAUAUUUUGAGCAUUUGAAUUUACAUAUGAAUUGUUAUUGGAUUGAGAUUUGAGAUUUGAGCUAUUCAUGAAGUAUCCUAUAUUUUGGACUAUUUAUGUAAUAUUUGAGUAUGAUGAGUUGGAGUUAAUAAUUUCAUUGUGAAUAAUUUUGUGGAAUUUGGAUUUCAUAUCCAUUUUGAUUUAUGUUAUGAUACUUGAAAUUGAGAUUGGAUUAUGAUUUUUUGUGAGUACUCGGAGAAAUGUGGAUUUGGUGAGUGGUAAUGACUAUAAGUCUAAUUCCACCAGGGAUCUCCCAAAAGUGGAGCAUCCCAGCUUAAUUGUAGUAGUUGGUAGAAAAAUCCCGACUACUCGGACUUUUUACUACCCGGAGAGCUUGGAAUCUCUUUUAGGGGGUGUGCACACUUAAGGUAGGAGUUCGGCUUCCAUUGGAUUUGGUUGAGUUUGAAUGAUUGGACUUGAGAUGAUUUGGAUUAUUUGGUUGGACUUGAUGGAGAUGAAUUGAACUACAUUAUAUUGGAUUAUUUGAGUAGGUUAUAUUUGUUUGGAUUGGAUUGAAUUUGAUGUGGUUGAGAUUAUUAAAUUAUUUGUAGAUUUUCAAAGUAAUACUUAUUAAUUUGAUUUGAUAUGGUUAUUUUGAAUAUUGAUUAUGAGUAUUUGGAAGUAUUUUGAGAUGAAUAUUUGGGCUUUACAUAUGAUUUAUGUUUUGGAAUAUAAUUACGAGGAUUUUGGUGGUUUAUGUAUAUUGACCUUUUAAAAUUAUUAUGAUUUGGAAAUAUGUACCUAUAUUUGAAAUAUUAUUAUUUUUCAUGUGAUUUUGUGAUGAGAAGUUUGUAUAAAAUGUUUCAUGAGGUUUCCUCCCAAAUGUUUUUACAAAAUGAUAUAUAUGUAUCAAACAUGAUUAUUUUACAGGGUUGGGUGGGCCUUACUUAGCAUUUCCGGCUAAUUUUUGUUUCUUUGUGUUUUUCUUUCUGUACUUUAUUUGUGCAGGAAUUGAGGAUCAUGUUGAAGUUGAUUUCGAGAGCUUCCGCUAGAACACAUAGACUAAAUUGAUUGAAUAAUUUAUUUUAGUCUUAAUUUUAAAGAAUUGUAGUUGAACAAUUAAUUUUGGAAAAUCUUAAUUGGUUGGUGGUGGAUAGCCUGUGCACUCGGUUAUAUGAGAACCGAGUGUGGCGGUAACGCCCUGUUUCCCUUUGAAUUUUCCGCUGCAAGACUCUGAUGUUUUCGAAUAAACCAUUAUUCAAAUGUAUUUUUGGGUGGGAAAUUUGGGGGUGUUACAAUUAUGGCCAACAAACUGUUAAGGGUACCGUCUUAACAAUAAGAGGUCAAUAAUUUGGUUUCCAACGGUUCCUUAAGUACAAAAACUUUUGCUCAUGGUUUUGUUCAAAACUUUUUGAUGAUCCUAUAUUGAGAGGUUAAUUAUAUAGUUUAGAAAAACCUGGCUCUGAUACCACUUAAUUGUCACGCCCCGGACCGCGUCCGCGCCACGUAGACAACCGCCGUACAACCCAAUAAGAACAACGUAGUUCAUUCUUAUCAGAUCAUACAAGGCGUCCGUUAGAUUCUUUUGCCAAACCGAUUAGUAAACCCAUACAAUCAACAUCAAUAUAUAUUAGUCAAACAAAUGCGGAAAAUAAGAUAUGUUUGAUACUUAGCCACACGUGGCAAAUACGGGCACGCAGGCCCCCCAAAUGUUUUAAUAGAAAACAUUGUUAAAAAUAUCCAUGAGCAGUUGCAUUAUUUCAAAUGAGAAUGGAAGCACGAACCACGUCUUCCUCCUUGAUCAAUCACCCUAGGCAAAGGUGCAGGUAGUAGGACUCUAGCCUCAACCUGAAAAAUGUGAGGGCCCCCGAAGGGGUCAGUACUCCAUAGAAGUACUAGUGACAAGCAGGCUAUAUGAGGAAUAACUAAUGUUUCAGACACGAGACCCAAAAAUAGGGUGAUACAUAUACUUAUAGGUGUAACCGUUGUUACCCCGUUCCCAAGAUAAUACAUACUGUAUAUACUUGUAAAAUACUUGAUCCGUAGGUCGUUUUAUCACAAAGAGUCUUUUAGAGAUAAGGUACUUCCCAACCUAUCCCUUUUCCAUUCCUGAAUGCCUAGCUUGAGAGCUACAUUCUACCUUCAUAAUAUCCUACCGAGUUUCAGGAGUGUUUACCCUCCCGGGGAUGCUCAACCCCACCGAGUUUCUGGGAUUGUUUACCGUCCCGAGGAUACUCAACCUCACCGAGUUUCUGGGAUUGUUUACCGUCCCGAG